GACGACGAACUGGAUAUUAUCGGUCCAGCGAUUCGAUUUUUGGCUGCAGUCGCGGUUUUGCCGGAAUCCGCUGAGUCGAGAUAUUCUAUUUUAGUACGACGGAUUAGACAGCUAUUGCGACGAGACGUUAAUGCAACAAACGAGGAACGAAUAUUGUAAGCAUGCCUGAUGGACCAGGAUACAUCGCAUCAUUGGACAUUGGUACCACCACUAUUCGCUGCCAGAUCUUUGAUUCACGUGCCAAAAUUAGAGGAAACUCUUUUGACCAAGUUAAAAUACAUUUUGGUGCCUCAUCCGGUGUAGAAAUAGAUCCGGACGAGUUAUGGGAUAGUAUAAUUCAAGUAGUAAAAACGGCUGUCCAAGAUGCUGAAAUAAGCAUAAGUGAAGUCAAGUCUUUAGCCAUAGCAACCCAAAGAGCAACUUUUAUCACAUGGCGAAGGGAUACUGGACAACAUCUUCAUAGAUUUAUUACCUGGAAAGACCUUAGCGCAGUGGAAUUGACUAAAAAAGUUAAUAGUUCAUGGAGGAUUAAGAUAAUGAAACAAGCAGCUUGGUUCGGCCAUUUCAUUACUCGCAUAACCUCAUUGGGAGUCCUGAGCCAUAUUAACUUUGCAAGCACACAUGUAUCCAUGCGUUUUUUACACAUUCUCCAAACCAAUCAAGAAGUUCAAGAAGCCUUACAGCAAAACAACCUGUUAUUCGGCACCGUUGACACGUGGAUAAUUUACAAAUUGACAGGUGGUCAGCUAUAUGUCACCGAUAUUUCAAAUGCGAGUGCUACGGGGUUGUAUGAUCCCUUCAAUUUAUGUUGGAGCUUUAUUCCUAGAUAUAUUGGUAUUGGUAAAAUCAGUUUUUUACCCACCGUUGUAGAGAAUGAUUUCCAAUAUGGAGAGACUUUGCAGAAAAUUUUUGGGGUGCCUAUCAAGAUUGGAGCUGUGAUGUCAGAUCAAUCGGCAUCGAUGUACGGAUCAGGCUGUUGCAAAGAAAAUGACGUAAAAUUAACCUUAGGAACUGGUGCCUUUUUAAAUUUGAAUACAGGACAGCACAUAAGGCGUACUGCACAUGGAUUAUAUCCGUUAGUUGGCUGGAAAAUCUCCAAAAAAAUGGUUUACUUAACCGAGGUUGCUUGUUCAGAUGCUGGUUCAUUGAUACAAUGGUUAAUGGAAAAUGGUAAAAUUUAUUUAAGUUUAUUCUUACAUUUAAAUAUAUGGUUAUUUGUAGAAUCGCUUCAGCAUCCUGAGGAUCUCACCAAAAUUGCUACUAGUGUUAAAGAUAAUGGUGGAGUAUAUUUUAUACCAGCAUUUAGUGGGUUAGGUCCUCCUUUUAAUAAUGAAACUGCUACAAGUGGUUUCAUUGGAAUCAAACCAGAUACCAAAAGGGCACACAUGGUUAGAGCUGUAUUGGAAAGUAUAGUAUACAGGACCACACUUGCCUAUAAUCUGUUAGAAGAAACUUGUGGUUCGGGAAAAAGAACUUAUAUACGACUGGAUGGCGGAGUAUCAAAGAGUGAUUUUAUUUGUCAGCUGCUGUCAAAUCUAACAAACUUGCUUGUCAAACGGGUGAAUUUGGAAAUGGCUACUCUGGGAGCAGCUUUGCUUGCUGGCCAAUUAUGCGAUUUCUGGAAAGAUCCGAGUGACGUGGUGGACCUAAGUAAGGUAGAGGAUAUUUUUAAACCUACGAAUAACGAAACCAUUGUCAAAGAGAUUAAGACAGAUUUUAGAAAUUGGCAAAUAGCGGCUCAAAGAUUCAUGAAUUGGUAUGGCUGACUAAUUACUGAUAUAUAACCGUAAAAAAUACGCUUAUCUUUAAAAUAAGUAUAAUUGAGUAGAAAUAAGGUUUAUAAUAGUGAAUAUUUUUUAUUGUUUUUUAUUCACUCUCUUAUAAAAUAAAACAAUGUUAUAGAUAAAAA